AAGGUGUUGUGUUUUCUCUGGUAAAACGAAGUGGAGGUUUUGCUGUGUUGUACUGCAGGCGGACGGCCAGGAGGUGGCGACGGUGGUCAGCGCUCAGGAGAUCAGAGUCGUAGCUGAACUGCUUCAGAUCUCUCCAGAGGGACUCCAGAAGGCACUCACACACAAAGUCACGGAGACGAUGAGGGACAAAAUCUACACCCCUCUGACUGUAGAGAGCGCUGUAGACGCCAGAGAUGCUGUUGCCAAGAUCCUGUACUCUCUGUUGUUCCACUGGCUGACUGAGAGGAUUAAUGGACAGGUUUACCCUCGACAUCACGCUCUGUCAAUAUCUGUACUGGAUAUAUAUGGCUUUGAGGACCUGUCCUUCAACAGCUUUGAGCAGCUCUGUAUUAACUAUGCUAAUGAGUACCUGCAGUUCCUCUUCAACGGGAUCGUUUUCAGACAGGAACAGGAGGAGUACAACAGAGAGCAGAUCCCGUGGCAGGACAUCCCGUUCAACGACAACCAGGCCUGCAUCGACCUCAUCUCCUCUAAACCCCAUGGAGUACUGAGGAUCCUGGACGAUCAGAGCUGCUUCCCCCAGGCGACAGACCACACCUUCCUCCAGAAGUGUCAUUAUCACCAUGGUAACAACAAGAUCUACCUGAAGCCAAAGAUGCCCCUCCCAGAAUUCACCAUCAAACACUUCGCUGGCCCGGUCACCUACCAGGUUCACAAGUUUCUGGAUAAGAACUACGACCAGGUUGGACAGGAAGUUCUGGAUCUGUUCAGCCACAGCAAGAACAAGAUGGUGGCCAACCUCUUCCUGGUUCACGCGGAGGUCGUAGGUCAGCAUAGAGGUCGUGUGAGUAAGAGCGGCACGGUGAGAGGGAGACAUCAGCCCCCAACUGUCUCCACCAAGUUCACCCUGUCACUGCUGGAACUGGUGGACAAGAUGGAGAGGUGCAACCCAUCGUUCAUACGCUGCAUUAAGCCAAACAGUCAGAAGGAGCCAGGUGUGUUUGAGACGGAGCUGGUCACCAGCCAGCUGAGGUAUUCUGGUAUCUUGGAGACAAUCAGGAUCCGGAGAGAAGGUUACCCUGUUAGACUGGCCUUCAACGACUUCCUGUUCAGGUAUAAGUCUCUGGUGGGUUUGAAGCAGCCUCCAGCUCCUGAUGGGGAGAACUGCAUCUUCAUGCUCUGCAAACUGGUUCCCCUCCGACCCGGGGCCUACCAAGUAGGAGUUACCAAGCUGUUUCUGAAGGAGGAGGUGUACCAGUUGCUGGAGUCUAAGAGAGAGCGUGUCCGUCAGGUGGCGGCCCUCACCCUGCAGAGAUACACGCGCAUGUUCUUCGUCAGGAAACGGUACACGGAGUUCAGGACCAAGAUCGUCAGACUACAGGCCUACUGUAGAGGCUUCCUCACCAGGAAGCGCUAUUUGAAGAUGAGGAAGAGUCUGGUGAAGUUCCGUUCUCUCGUCCACAUGUACGUCACCCGCAAGAGAUACAUCAAGAUGAAGCUGGAGGCCCGCAGGAAAGCAGAGGAGGAGAGGAGGAGGAGAGAGGAGGAGCUGUUGAAGAGAGAGGUGGUUAAUGUCUCUCACCUGGUGAUCCCUGCUGAGCUCGGCUCUUUACUGCAGGCUGCAGCAGGUGGCAGACAGCUCCAUGCUGAGAGUCUAGCUCUGGUCCAGGCACCACACAUCCCUGAGGAGAACCAGCUGACUCUGCCGCUGGACAUCAACAACAACCCCUUCAGCCGCUACGUACAGCUGCACUUCAGGGAGCCUAUGUUUGGGAUGCUAACGGUUCCCUUGGAGACGACCCUGACGUGUAUGGACGAGGACCUCCGACAGGAAGCUCUGGAAGUGUUUGUUAUGAUCCUGAGGUUCAUGGGCGACCCCCACCUGAACGGGGCUCAGGAGAACCUGUUUGGGAACUACAUAAUCCAGAGAGGACUGGCCAAUCAGGGCCUGCGAGACGAGAUCCUGGCUCAGCUGGCCAAUCAGGUGUGGCGGAACCCAAACCAUGACAACGCAGAGAGAGGCUGGCUGCUGCUGCUGGGCUGCACCUGCUGCUUCCCUCCAUCACCCAGGCUGCACACACACCUGCUGAAGUUUGUGUCUGACCACGCCCCUGCUGGUUGCCGGGCGCUGCUGCAGCACCGGCUGAUCCAGGCCAAUCAGAAGUCCCGGCUGUUAUCAGGCUCCGCCCCUGAGACAGCACGCACCUAUCCGCUGGCUCUGUUGGAGUGGACAGCCAAUAGGAAGAGGGCUAACAUGGUGCUGCAGGUGACCUGCUUCGACGGGGAAUCGUUCCUGUGUCCCGUCCAAUCCUGGACCAGUGGAGAAGAUCUGGCAGGAAACAUCCUACGACACAGGGGGGCGUGUGAGGAGUGGAGGGGCUGGUCUGUACUGAUGAAGGAGCAUGGGCAGUGGGCGGAGCUAGCCGGUCACGAUUACGUCAUGGAUCUGAUCUCAGACUUGGAGCUGCUGUCCGACUUCCCCAAACAGAAGAGUUACUACAUCAUCUCAGCUGAGGAUCCGAAUAGAGUUCGAACCAACGCCAGGCUGACUCUGUUUGGCAGUGGUUUUGACAGUGAUGACGAGCCGCCCUUCAUCAGCACCACCCAACCUGCGUACAGCCGACCAGACUCUGACGGAUACUCCAGCCACGUGGAGGCUGAUGUGAUCGGCGACGGUCCGACUCAGAGAGGAGUGGAUCGCUACCUGGACAGCCUCUUCGCCCCUGUGUUGUCAGACGGCAGCACGGACCUGGACAAGCCAGCCGGUAUGACAGGCCGGAUGAAGGGAGGAGGAGGAAUAGGAGGAGGAGGAGGAGAGGAGGAGAGGAGUCAGGCCCCUGCCAGCAGACCAUAUCCCCCAGGACUACAGCCCGGAGGUUCUCCAGACCAGACAGGGAUGGCUCAGCAGCAGCAGACUAUCAUCAACCAGCAAGCCAUCAUACUGGCUCAGCAGAUGACCAUGCAGGCAAUGGCCUUCCAGCAGCAGAUGCUGUCUUCCUUCCCCCCCAGGCCCCUCCCACACAACCACCCCCCGCACCUCCAGCCAUGUCCGACACGGGCCCCCCCUCCUGAUGACAUGGUGCGGUCCAGGGCCCCCCCUCCUGAAGGACUGGUCCAAUCCAGCGUGUCUAACUCAGAAAGCCCCUCCCACAACAUCAAGGAUAUGAUCAAACAGAAGGGGGAGGGGAAGAUGUUUGUGAAGAAGCCGGACCCUCAUGAUGAAGCCAUGUACAUCCUGAAAGACCAGAUGAAAGUCUUUUCUCCGGCGGCGCCUCGGGAACCAAGGGAGGAGGGUGGAUCCAAAGUCACCAAGGCAACCAAACCCCGCCCACCUGCCCGAGCCGACUCCCACAGCAGCCCCCUCCCUCCACCAGUGUCCAGAGAGCUGCCUGUAGAGGAAGAGACCAGCCAGACCCAACUCCAUCACAGGAGUAGUGAAGAACACUACACUUACACCAACACACCCUGGAAGAUUUACCUGAGGAAGGAGGUGUUCUACCCUGAAGACAACUUCAACACUCCUCUGCUGCUGGACCUGCUGUUCAGACAGAUAGUCCAUGACACCUACUCGGAGGCCUGCAUCCGCAUCACUCAGGAGGAGAGGACCAAGAUGAAGGCUCUGUUUGUAGAGAAUCAGGUUGGCCAGGAUGGCGCCACACAGGAUGAGAGUCUCAAGAAGAAAAUCGUGACGACGGCCAAAGACUCCUGGGAAAUAUAUUUCUCACGACUCUUCCCUGCCUCGGGCAGUGUGGGUACUGGGGUCCAGGUGGUCUCAGUGUCUCAUCGCGGCGUCAAGCUGCUGAAGACUGUGAGAAGCAGCUCUGUUGCCCCGGACUACUUCAGAGUACUACGCCCUUACAGUUACGCGGACAUCCUGUUUGUGUCCAUUCCAUCUCAGAACAUGUUGGAGUUUAACCUGACCAAUGAGAAGCUGAUUCUGUUCUCCGCCAAGGCUCCACAGGUCAAACACAUGGUGGACUACUUCAUCACUGAACUGAAGAAGGACUCUGAGUUUGUGGUGGCAGUGAGGAACUACAUUACAGAGGACAGAACUCUGCUCAGCUUCCACAAGGGAGACGUCAUCAGAUUACACAGCGUGGAGGGACUGGAGGAAGGCCAACGCUACGGCUGCAUCAUCAGGAAGAAGGUUGUGCUGCUGGAGGAACUAAACAGAGAUACCUCUGAGUUUGGUGGGUGGGGUGUGUGUGUGUGUGUGUCUCUGUGUGUGUGUGUGUGUGUGUGUGUGUGUGUGUGUGUGUGUGUGUGUGUGUGGUUGACUUGCAUGCGACUAACAGCCCGUCGUGUUUGGAUUGUGUUCUGGUUGCUGUGUGAGGAAACAACUAGGAUUCAGACUUGGGCCGUUGAUGGGACUGAUGAGUCUCGAGGACAAACGAGGACAAAUCAUGAUGUCAGUGAUGUUUCAGGCUGGCGGUACGGGGCGGUCUACGGGCGAUGGGGUGUGUUUCCAGGUGAGUGUGUCCAGCCGGUCGCCGCUCCAGACUUCCUGGUUCUCCCUGCUGAGAGGGCGGAGCCUCGCGACAGACACGGCCGUGUUGCCGCCUCCGCUGCGGUCGCCGUGGCGAUGGGCUCUACUGUCGCCGCCCAUGAACUGGACCUCAACACAGAGGCUGUGGUGGGCUAUGGUGAAGACAGCAGUAUUCUCCAGGUGGAAGGGCUCCCUCUACAGGCCAGUCAGUAUAACAUGGAGGAAUUCUCCAGGAAGUACUACAGACGGACUCAGCAGGAAACCAGGAAGGGGAAGGACAGCAGAAAACCAGCUGACAUGGUUAAAUACUCUAAGUCCCCUCUCCAGGAGUCCCUGAUAGACUUCACAGACAGCAACAUGAACAAGGUAGCGGCUGACAUCUCCCUGGCUGUGAUGAAGUUCAUGGGGGAUUACCCUCUGAGGGGACAGACAGAACAGGAGCUGGUCUCCACUAUCCUAAAGCUCAGUGGGGAGCACGGUCUGAUGAAAGAUGAAGCCUACUGCCAGGUGAUGAAACAGGUCACAGGAAACACCAGCUGCAAAACGGACAGCUGUCAGAGAGGCUGGAGGCUGCUCUACAUCCUGUCUGCUUUCCAUCGGUGUUCUGAGGUCCUGAAGCCCUUCCUGGUAAAGUUCCUCCUGGACGCCGUCUGUAGUCCUGGGGUCCAUUACCAAGGUAUAGCCAAGGCGUGUGAGCAGAACCUGAGGAAGACUUUCCAGUACGGAGGAAGAGUAGAACACCCCAACAGCAUGGAACUGAAGGCUAUGCUGGCUGGGCGGAGCUCCAAGAGACAGUUGUUCCUCCUACCAGGCGGCAUCGAGAGACAUCUCAAAAUCAAGACCUGCUCAGUGUCUCUGGAUGCCAUAGAGGAGCUAUGUAAUGACAUGGGACUGCACAGACUGGAGGCCAUGGAUGAGUACGCUAUAUUCCUGGUUAUUCACCGAGGUCAGAAUGUCCGUCCCCUCAAUAAGAGAGAGUACAUCCUGGACAUUACUACGGAGGCGGAGCCAGUGGACAGUAACUACAGCCUGUGGUUCAGGAGGGUCGUCUGGACUCAGACGCUCAAAGUUGACAACGAGCUCUGUGUCACCAUGCAUUAUAACCAGGUGUUGCCAGACUAUCUGAAAGCCUUGCUGAGUGUGGUUGCUCAGAGUAAAGCCAGUGAGCAGCAGCUGCAGCAGCUGGCCAAGCUGGGAGCAUUACAGCACCGGGCUAAAGAUACCGUCUUCCUGCCCAGCAUAGGUGAGGUCCAGGACUAUGUCCCUCCACAGCUCUACAUCAGACAGCCUCCUCAGUCCUGGCUCAACAUGGUCACUCAGCAUAUGCAGCAGGUCUCUCCUCUGAGUCCUCACCAGGCCAAGGCUCAGUUCCUCGGUCUGGUCAGCACAUUCCCCAUGUUUGGCUCCUCCUUCUUCUACAUCCAGUCCAGCAGCAGCAUCUCCAUCCCGGCUCCCUGUGUGCUGGCUGUCAACCAGAACGGCCUGCACUUCCUGCACAAGGACUCGCAUGAGGCCACGGUGCGUUACCCUCUGAAGGACAUCCAGUCCACCAGAACCCAGAGACCAACAGGGGCCUCCAGUUCGUCCUGUCCCUACGUAGACAUUCUGCUGGGAGACCUGCUGACUCAGCGCAUCACACAGCUGCACCUGGAACAGGGUCUGGAGCUGUGUCGGGUCAUUGCCAUGCACAUGGAGAACAUGCUGUCUGUCCGGGAGAAGAGACUCACCCUGCCACCUAGCGAGAUCACUCUGUUAUAACACACUGUCUGUCUGUCUGUCUGUCUGUCUGUCUGUCUGUCUGUCUGUCUGUCUGUCUGUCUGUCUGUCUGUCUGUCUGUCUGUCUGUCUGUCUGUCUGUCUGGGAGAAGAGACUCUGGUAGAUUUGAUCGUUCUGUCUCUGAAUCAGCGGCGGAGGUGUUUUCAGAUGGACCAUCUCUUCCUGAAUCAGCGGAGGUGUUUUCAGAUGGACCAUCUCUUCCUGAAUCAGCGGCGGAGGUGUUUUCAGAUGGACCAUCUCUUCCUGAAUCAGCGGCGGAGGUGUUUUCAGAUGGACCAUCUCUUCCUGAAUCAGCGGAGGUGUUUUCAGAUGGACCAUCUCUUCCUGAAUCAGCGGCGGAGGUGUUUUCAGAUGGACCAUCUCUUCCUGAAUCAGCGGCGGAGGUGUUUUCAGAUGGACCAUCUCUUCCUGAAUCAGCGGCGGAGGUGUUUUCAGAUGGACCAUCUCUUCCUGAAUCAGCGGAGGUGUUUUCAGUCUCGUAGUCUCUCUUCUCUGGCAAUAAAAGUCCUGCAUCAGAUAACAACCAUAAAUUAGCCUGGCGGUGGUUUUGGGGUUGAGAGGGAACUUGGGGGAGGUUGGAAUUACACUCGACGAUGUGGACUGACGGUUUAGACACGUGUUGGUUUCUCUCCGUCUAAAACCAGAAAUAAAUAAUAAAUAAAUAAUUCUAAACAACAAACUUUAUUUACCACGGUGUGGAAGAGUGACAGAUCCUCUGUUUUAAUAAAGAAGGAGUUUCUGAAACACGGAAGUCCGUCGUUUACUGAUGAUGAAAGAAGAAACGGGGAUUUCCGUCUUUAUUAGUAAAGAAAUGUUUUUAACCAAGUUAAUCUGAUCAUGUUGUGUGUGUGUCUGUGUAAUUAUUUGUGACAUUGUGGUUACGAUGAAGAUUGUAAACUAAAUAAAUCAAAUUCAUAAUUGAAUAAUCA